UCACUUAUAAUUCUGAGGGGCGUUGAGUGCCGCCAUCUUGUUUAUCUAGGCAUUUAGUUUGUUGAUAUUUUGUGUUUGUAUCGAUAAAAUAUCUCAGUCAUCAUUAACAUUACCUUACAUAUUGUUUUCACAACUAGCUAAUUCUCAUGUUUUUGUUAUAAAAGGACUAUUAUUUAUAACGAUAGGCGUGAGCUACGUUGCUUUUGGCGACUGUUGGUUGACGUACUUCCCCGGAAGCAAAGAAAAUGGGCACAAAAGACGACGAAUACGAUUAUUUAUUUAAAGUUGUUCUUAUAGGAGACAGUGGUGUAGGCAAGUCUAACCUUUUGUCGAGGUUCACAAGAAAUGAGUUCAACUUAGAGAGCAAGAGCACCAUAGGAGUCGAGUUUGCUACUAGGAGUAUACAGGUAGAUGGGAAGACUAUCAAAGCUCAGAUUUGGGACACAGCCGGUCAAGAGAGAUACAGAGCCAUCACCAGCGCGUACUACCGAGGGGCAGUGGGCGCCCUGCUGGUGUAUGACAUCGCCAAGCACCUCACAUAUGAGAACGUGGAGCGUUGGCUGAAGGAGCUGCGGGACCACGCCGACAACAACAUUGUCAUCAUGCUAGUUGGCAACAAGAGCGACCUGCGACACCUGAGGGCGGUGCCAACGGACGAGGCAAAAACAUAUGCUGAGAAGAACACAUUGUCCUUCAUAGAAACCUCUGCUCUAGAUUCCACAAAUGUUGAGACAGCCUUCCAAAAUAUAUUAACAGAGAUAUACAAAAUAGUUUCACAGAAGCAGAUCAAGGACAACCCUGAUGACGACAAUUCCCCGUCAAACAAUGUUCAAACCAUCACGGUGGCUCCCACUGACAAUAGCUCUGGCAAUAAAAAGUCGUGUUGUAAUUCGUAAACUGUUGCCCCCAUCCCUUGCAUCAAUGAGCCGUGCUCUGGAGAAACUGGCAUAAUGCUUGUGCGUAAAGUGUUGUCACAAAUCAACCAUUUACUAAACACUUUACACUUUUAUUGAAUUUUUAGCUUAAAGGAAGUCUUUUCUUAAUGAAAGUAUAGGCGGAAGUGUCUUUCCUGAUAUGCCUGUGAGAACUGCAAGGGCUAAUCAGGGACGACACUCCUGACUUUGUGGAAGUUGGCAUUUAACAAGAGUCUCUUUAAAACUAAAAUCCAGUUUAGAGAGAAAGUGUUUUCCCUGAUUAGCUUGUGAUCACUGAACAGUCUUAUCUGUGACGACACUUUACGCAUGUGCAUUGAGCCCAGUUCUCUCAAAACAAGGCUCUACUGUGGGUGGAAUGUUGGGCCCAGCAGGUGUGUGUGAUGGAAGGGGAGACAGCUUUUAUUUGACCUCAACGGGGAAGGAUUUGCGAUGAACAACAAACACUAUUUGAUAAUGACAUUCAAAAGAGGGAUAAAGAAAGAAAAAUAUAUCGAGAAUCUGGCAUUAUUUAAAGUAUAUCCAUUUGGCAACAGUUUUAACCCAUUUAUGCCUAGCGUCUAAAAAAGGCCUAAGCAAACAGCAUAGACCCAGAUGAGACGCUGCAUGAUGCGGUGUCUCAUCAGGGUCUGCGCUUUUUGCUGAAAGGAAUUUCUGUAAGAAAUAUUCUAAAUAUAAUAAUAAAUAUACUAGACAUCCCUAAUUUUGGAAAUAAAUUGAUCCAAUUUAGAAGUAUGGGAGAGUCCACUAGGCAUAAAUGGGUUAAGGCACAACAAACUUAAAUAUACAUAUGAUGAUGUUACUGUUUAUGUACGCAUUUCAGUUUGCACCUUGGAGUUUUUAGUGUUUUUCAAAUACAUUCUAAGGAACACAUGCAUCUGUAACUAAAUUUCGUAUUGCUGAUAUUUCAAGAUAAAUCAAAUGAUAACAGCUAUGUUAAUAGUCAUGCAUAAGAGGCAUAAAGUACUAUGUGUUGCAUUAUCAUUUGUAUUGAGUGUCUUUACUAUGUUAUGUAAUGGAAAAUGUCACACGAAUAUUACACUGAAUUCUGUAUCUAUAUUGUUGCUUUUUGAAGUUUUUACAAUUUACCAUUUUAUUACAGUCAGAGAUGGUAUUUUGUUGAUACUAAUGUGAGCUUUUCUUUGUGCAUUGUGUUGUAAUGCAUUAAUCUGAAUUCUAAGACAUUUAUUUAACGAUUUUUGUGAUAGUAAAAAAUUGAUGCAACUGUAAGUGAAGUCAAAUAAAAAUUCCUUAAAACUGUUUCAUAUCCUCAAUAUAUCGAUUUAAAAGGGUAAUUUACCUCAAGAUCAAUAUCAUUGUGUUCUAUACUGUUAAAUAAUUAUGUAUUCAAACGGACCGCUUUAAUUUAUAGAAAUAAUAUAUGUUUUCAUAAAGUUUUAUCUACUGUCAUGAGAUUGGUUAAUUAUCUUUGAAAAUUUCAUUAUGUAUUUAAACAAAUACUGAUUACACAUCUCAUUAUGUAAAUUGUAAUGUGUAAAAGUAUUAACGUCAUGAAAUCUUUACUCCUUCUAGAGCUCUUUGCUUGUUGCAUACUGUUCCUGUACAAAUACAUGUGUUAGCUAACCCAUUGUGAUAUAUUUGUACAUAUUAAAGACAGAACUUUGAAAGGAAAUGUAUUGUAUUAUAAACUUGUAAACAUUUUUCUCUCUUUUUGUCAAGGACAAAAAAUCUGCCCUUUUUUAUUGUCUUAUACUGUAUCCAAGUGUAAACAUGUAUUAAAUGCAUAUUUUUCUCUUUUCGUUUACUUCCAAUAUUUUAUUUUGCAUUCAAUAUCAUUGUUACACCAUUUAUUAGCAUACAGCUCAGAAACAAUUGUGGAGAUUUGCAGACUUUUUCUGAAACAAAAUAUGAGAUUAACUUCAGACAACUAUAAAAUGUUAUUUGUUUGGUGUUCUUGAAUCUGUGGUGGUUCUAUUCUUUCAAUGCAUGACUUUUAAUGAACAAGAUUAGGCCGAACUUAAUAAAAAUUGUUUGGGAAAACAAGACCUAUCAUGCUUAUUAUCAUAGAAUCAUUUACAUUGAGAGAGAGAAAAAGUGGUCCAAUUAGCUGGUUUAAAGCUUAGCUAUCUAUGAAAAGUGUGUUGCUGAAAAGACACAUCAAAAGUGUGGACCUAUGGAAAACAAAGUAAUCCUUAUCCAUUUCUCAAAAAAUGCUGAGAGGGGAAUACCGUUGGAUGUUGCUUAUCCCAAACAAUUGUUUUAAAAUGACCUGAUGUUUCUUUUUUGUCAAACAUAUAUUUGUGCUAUCUAACGUUGUGUUAUCUUCUAUUUCUGUGCAUUGGUCUGUAAGAAACCAUUCUGAGCCGUGCUGUUGGCAAAAACAGGGUUUAAUGCAUGUGCGUUUAGUAUUUUACCAGAUUAGACUGUGCAGUCCCUAUAAGCUAAACACGGACAACACUUUCCUCUUACUCAGGAUUUUUGUAAAGAAGACUUCUAACUGUUAUAAACUGUUGUCCACACACUGCCACAGGCAUAUCUGGGAUGACUCUUUCUGUCUAAACUAGAUUUUCAUGAAACUUCUUGUUAACAAGGAAAUCCAAAAUUGCAGAUUGUCCUAUGAAGUCAGCACAGGCUAACAUGGGACAAUAUGAAGUCAGCACAGGCUAACAUGGGACAAUACUUUCUGCACAUGCAUUCAGCCCCGUUUUCGAAGCGCAACUCAUUUCAUUUAACAGUUAAAUAAGAGUUGGGUGUUAGUUUGUCUGUAUAGAGUGACAGUGUUUGUGUCUGUAAAGAGUGACGGUGUUUGUGUGAACAAUUCUCUCACAUGUUUGCUUCAAACCAUAUCAGUAUGGGCCGUGUAUGAAAUUCAAACUAGUUCAUAUUUAUAAAUGGUAAUGAACACUUAUUAUAAGAAAUAAAAAUACGAAAAGAAA